AUGACCAAAUGUGGUGGAGUCGUGUGGCUGGAUGUGGCAAUCGACGGCGCGGACGAGGUGGACGCCGGUCUCAUUCUGAUCAAAGGAGGGGGGGGCUGUCUGACUCAGGAGAAGAUUGUAGCAGGAUGUGCCAAGCAUUUCAUCGUCAUCGCAGAUUACAGGAAGGACUCAGUGUCCCUGGGGGAGCAGUGGAAGAAGGGGGUCCCGGUGGAGGUCAUCCCCAUGGCCUACGUCCCGGUGGCUCGCCGCAUCGCCCGCUGCUUCGGGGGCGAGGCCGUGCUGCGCAUGGCCGUCAGCAAGGCAGGUCCCGUCGUCACGGACAACGGGAACUUCAUCCUGGACUGGAAGUUUGAGGGCGUCCAGAACUGGAAGGAGGUGAACAGGGACAUUAAGAUGAUCCCAGGUGUGGUGGAGACCGGGCUGUUCGUGGGCAUGGCCGAGCGGGCCUACUUCGGCAUGGAGGACGGAACGGUCCAGGUGCGAGACGCCCCCAGCCAAUGAAGACCGACGGGCCAAUCAGACCUCACUUCCUCCCACAAGUGCCUCUCUCUCUCUCCUUUUCCCAAACGGCGAGACCAAUUUAUCUGAGAUUACAUGUUCCGUUGUUUUCACUCCCGCCACCAGGUGGGGCUGUGUUUGAUUCUGUGUGUGUAUUCAAAGUGCCUGAUGAGCAAAGUUCCCGUGCUGCUCGCACCGCCCCGCUCCGGUGUCCAGACCAUGUUUUAGUUCUCAGGGUGGGAUGGUAGCUCCUCCUUUCAUCACCGAUGUAUCGUAGCGCCGUGUCGGAAUAACGGGUCGUUAGUCAUACCGUAUUCAGACCAGCGCGUCGAUCCAGAGGCUCAGACCAGCGAGCCGAUCCAGACCACUGCACAGUGAACUCUGUGUGCCUUGACGGGGAAACCGACUAAUAGAAUCACAUCUCAGGAGUCACCCCUGAUUUCUACCCACCACUGAAUUCUACCCACUCUGAUUGGCUGAUGUUAUGAUGGCCAAGCAACAGGUCACCACCAUCCAAACCGUGGUAGAGUAAGAGCAAGUCAUGGUGACCUGGGCAUUCAAAUAUUCCAGCCAAUCAGAAAAGUCAAGGUGCAGUGACGGGUUUUUAACCAGGGGGGGUGCUGUUGCUGCGGUGUGAUUGCUCAUGUUUGGUUUCUCUGGGAAAAUUGCGUUUAAGUCAAUCCUUUACAAACUAUUGAACUAGUGCUUAAUUGAGUGAGCCUGCGUUUUUUGGAGACUCGUGUACGAUUGGCGACGCCGGCUUCCUUGUAAACAACUGUCACGUGGUUUUUAAACUAAGCAAACCACUUAACACUCAACUUUGACCUCAGACAUAUAUAGCCUUGUUUAUACCAAGAUAACAUUAUCAUCAAAUCAUUUGUGUGUGUGUGUUGCGUAAACAGUAAAGAUUUUGCCUCGCAUUGCGACACCUGUUCCCCUCCUUGUGUGUUGUGGUUGUGUUUUUUCUGACAGCCGUGUGACCGACGUGCUGAACUGUUUUCUUUUUUUUCGUCAUGACUUCCUCACACUGUGAGGUUCUGAUAUUAACGAGUGAAACCAGCCCUUUAAACUCAACUCAAAGAUAUGUAUGGUACUAUAUCAUCUCAGUUUGUACUAACCAGAUUUUGUUUGUUUGGUGAUGACAGUGAAUGCAUUCCUUUUUUCUUUGUUUUCCAUCCUGUGAAUUAGUCAUUAUUUUGCCUGGAACUCUUAUUGCCUUAAUUGACUUAAAUUAAAGUUCAGCUGAGUCUGAGGGAUGUUCUUCCUGUAAACAACGACCAGGAAGGACACUUAUGCUAUUAAACUGGUUUUCUGGAGCUGUUGAACCAGUGCAUCGGUGUGUGUCUGUGUGUAACACAGACUAUUUACUCCACUAGAAGCAACACCACAUGUGUUCUUAGGUCAGGGUUUAAGUGAAGGUCGGGCAGUUUCCCACAAGCACUUAGGUCAAACAUUACUUGCCAAUAAGACUGAUUAUUUUUCUGUUGAGGUACUACUGUGUGAAAUAAAUACAAACCGGGUGAAAUUAAAAA